AUGUGCCUGCUGCAGCACGCGGACGGCGCCGACAUGCUGGCGGUGCUCUGCACGAGCGAGAAGCAGCAGCCAUUCCAGGGUGCCGUCGAGCUCUGCCGGUGUGAGCUCGGCCUCGACUCCACCAACAGGGAGGUGAGGCUGGAGUUCUCGUACGCGGAGCCCCGCAGGGCCAGGUUCGACCAGAUCCGGCAGGCCUUGGGCGACGCCGGGGGCCGCUGGUCGGAGCUGGCGCCCGGCAUCAACAUGUGCCAGGCCUCCUGGCGCUCGCUGCGGGCCGUGGGCCUCGGCUACAGCAAGAAGCAGCUGCAGCGCGCCGGCUGCAUCGCGCUGGUGCUGGAGAGGCGUAGGAGGGGCACGUCCUCGUCGCAGGACGGCCACCUCUCCCUGUGCCUGGGCGCCGUGCACAGCGCCCCGCGCUUCCUGCUCGAACCGGUGCGGGCCGAGGAGGUGCUGGGCGACGACGACGACCCCGCCGUGAAGGAGGAGGGCGGGAGCGCCAGCGAGGUGGAGCCGAUGGCCCUCGAGCCCCCGUCCGGCCCCGAGGAGCGGCCCGCCCAGGAGGAGGGCGAGGGGCCACAACGAGGCGCGCAGCCG